CUUCCUCUUCCUGCCCCAUCGUGCGCCAAUACACAAUAACGAUGGCACUGCGUGUUUUCGGUUUAAAUAUAAUAAAAACUAACAGAACUUUGCUUCAUAAUGCUGUCAAAACAAAUGGAGCGUCCAAUUCCCAAGCGGUAGCAAUGGCGCCGUAUGCCACACAGGUCACCGUUCAGGCCACACCUGCAGCGGUGCAGAAGCAAAAGGUUAGCAAGGCCAUGAAGGCAUACCUGGAGCGGGCCAAUGAACACGACGAGUUCAUGAAAACGCAGCAUUUGGAGUUCCAAAUUGGAAAGCGUCACUUGGCCAACAUGAUGGGUGCAGAUGCCGAAACCUUCACCCAGCAGGACAUAGAUGAAGCUAUCGCCUAUCUAUUCCCUUCCGGUCUGUUUGAUAAAAGCGCUCGUCCAGCAAUGCGAACGCCAGAGGAGGUUUUCCCAGCCCGUAAAGCAGCCGAAUUCGACGAAACUGGUCGUCCCUUCCACAGCAUGUUCUACACAGGCAAACCAAACUUUUUUCAACUGCUGCAUGAUAUUGUGAAGGAAACGCACAAGCUUUACGAUCUUGAAGAGCGCAUGCUACGGCGCGGAAAUAAGCCAGAUGAAAACCAAAAGAUCGAAACUGCAGGUUUUCAACUGUUGCCCAAGGAGCAGCUUGAGCGAAUGCUCGUGGAGCACAUAGCAGACAUUGAGUAUCUAAAUUUCACCAAUACAAUGGAACGUUUAAUCUCCUCCCCGUAUGCGUACAAGAGCAAAGCAUUUAUUGAGCGCUUCCUAAAGCCCCUGAUCGAUCAGUCCAAGCAACUGGAGGUGCCCAAGCCAAAGAUUGAUGGAGACGGUCGCCAGUACAUCACAACGUACGAGUGUCUGCGAAAAACGGCUCGCGCUGAUGUAACAGUCCGGCUGCCCGGCACCGGCAAGAUAACGAUCAAUGGCCACGAUAUCUCGUAUUUCACUGACGAACAGAACAAAGAACAGCUGCUCUUUCCGUUGAGCUUCAGCUCAAUGCUGGGUAAAGUUGAUGUGGAGGCCAAUGUGGAGGGCGGUGGUCCAUCCGGUCAGUCGGGCGCCAUUCGUUGGGGCAUUGCGAUGAGUUUGCGCAGCUUCGUUGAUCAAGAGAUGAUUGAGUCAAUGCGUCUGGCCGGUCUGCUGACACGUGACUAUCGCAGACGGGAGCGCAAGAAGUUUGGACAGGAAGGCGCACGUCGCAAGUACACGUGGAAGAAGCGCUAAACGGCGGCAAAUUACAAAGCAGCAUUGCAUUUCCAUUCAAAUGUUCAAUAAAGAAGCCCAAAAUAUCUUAAA